GCGCUACGGGGAGGGACGGAGGGCUGACUACCAUCUGUGUGCUCCACGGCCAAGCUUCACGGAAAGGCACACGUGCAAUCAACCAGGACCUGUGACGAUGCGAAGAAUCAACUGUGGCGCAGGACGCGCUGCGCCCGCGAGCUGGCGCGUGCGCUGUGGGUCCCCAGCGCCGUCCCCGGCUGGAGCUCCGAGACCACCCCCCGCCCUCGUCUCGCACCCUCCCGACGGGAACGCGCACGUGAACGCGGCCGCGCACGAGCACGCGGAGGCUCCUGACUUCAGUCCGUGCCUGCCAGCGCCGCUGACGGAGGGCGGGAGCCAAGCACCCGAGCACCCCGAGCUGCCCGGCGGCCGCGAGGAUGAAGUGUAAGCCGAACCAGACGCGCACCUACGACCCGGAGGGCUUCAAGCAGCGGGCGGCGUGCCUGUGCUUCCGGAACGAGCGCGAGGACGAGGUGCUGCUGGUGAGCAGCAGCCGCUACCCCGACCGCUGGAUCGUGCCCGGAGGGGGCAUGGAGCCCGAGGAGGAGCCGGGCGGCGCGGCGGUCCGGGAGGUGUACGAGGAGGCGGGCGUCAGGGGCAAGUUAGGCCGGCUCCUCGGCGUCUUCGAGCAGAACCAAGACCGCAAGCACCGCACCUACGUGUACGUCCUGACCGUCACCGAGAUUCUGGACGACUGGGAAGAUUCGCUGAGCAUCGGCAGGAAACGCGAGUGGUUCAAGAUCGAAGAUGCCAUCAAGGUCCUCCAGUGCCACAAGCCCGUGCACGCCGCAUAUCUGGAGAAACUGAAGCUGGGCGGCUCCCCGACCAAUGGCAACUCCGUGGCCCCGGCGCUGCCAGACAGCGCUCCCUAGUGAACAGAAAGGAUGUUCAGGAUUGAUUUGAAAGAAUCAUCCAUGUGAAACAUUGAUCAGUGGAAUUUUCAAGCAUAGGUGAAGCGCUUCCUGUUUCCAAGGAGACAGCACAUGUUUUUCUUCCUACAUCUUGGAACACUGCUGCUCUGUUUAUCACACUGACUCUUUUUGCCCUGGUUGUUGUACUAUUCUUUGUGAAGACGCUUUAAAUCAGUACCUAUAGCCUUUUGUUGUGCCUCUUCUUUUGCUGUAUCUGCCUACUCCAUUAUAAUAUGAUACUGAUAAGAGCAAAAACAAAGUUUCCUUCGUCUUUUCAAAUCUUCGCAUAUUGGAGACUCUACUUGAAUUGUAUUUGGUAUCGCUGAAAAUUUUUUUGUUUCAAUUUAUAUUUUGUAAGAACUCUGUCCAAAUAUUUCCCCUUGUAAUCUGGUGCUAGUAGAGAAUGCUGUCUGACCAUCUUGUGUGUGGUUUUUCUAUAUUAGGGAUUUCCAAAAAUUUUUGAGGCAGUUGUCUAAGAUGUUCAAGGACAAGAAUUAUUGCAUUUCUAUAUCACGCAAUGACUGCCAGUAUCAAAAUUAUACCAUCAUUUACUUUUGUAGGAUAAGUCAUCAGAAUCACUUUAGUGCAAUCGUACUAUUGUAAUUUGCUUAAAUUUUAAUUAAAAAAUCACUUGCUGUGAAAAGUAAUUCCAAAUAAAAACAGUGAUCAGAUGACAAUAUGUGAGUUUUUAUAAAAAUAGAUUUUAAAACAGUAUAUGAAUAACACAUUUGAUGCUUUUGCAAGGCCUUGCCAUGUAUAUGUAAUGUUAACUUUUUGAAGAAAGAAUUUUUUUUCUGAUUUUAUGUAUUCAGUAUACCACACUAUUUUAUGUCAGUAACAACAAAAAUUACAGUUUUAAGUGGUUUCUAUAGUCAGUAAUAGCACAUAGUUUGCCUGUUUUUUUUUGUGUGUGUGUGUUUAUCUGCUACUGAUAAAUUUUGCCACAGUUUUCACCCCAUUUCCCAUCAGCCUCUCAUGCCAGGCCAUUUCUACAUAAAGGGAGGCAGAGGACUCAAAGAAAACUAAAUUGUGGCUUGAAAAAGGCAGUAGGGGGAAAUCUGUAAAGGAGGGGCAAACACAAAAAUAGAAGGAAUUUAGAAAGAGAGGACUCAGGACAGUUGUCUCUAGGAAGCAUCUUCAAGAUAACAAAUAUGUGCAGAGAAAAUUUUAUUGUUUUACCUGGGAUGUGUAUGAUAUCAGCACUCUGCUCCAGUUCUCUACAAAGGCCUAAGAGUAGCUUUAAUAUCAUAUUUUUUGUUUUGUAUUAUAAAACAAGUGUAUCGAUAAAUCUUGGACCCCAUUUUAGUGUUACACUUUUCCUUAAGUACCAUGGAAGUUUAUUGAUUGCUGUCCCAGUCUUAAUAGAACUUAAAAUGAAAGUUUAUCUUCCCUAGUGCUUUUCAGGUAUGUACUGUGUUUAUGUUUGUAAUCAUUAUAUUUUAGAUAAAUGUACUAUAAAUUUUACAGGUGAAAUGGUAUACUACUGGUAUUUACUUCUAAAUAAUCUGAGGUUAGAUAGAAAAAAGAUUGGUGAUAAAUUAAUAAUUGUUGAAGCUAUGUGAUGGAUAUUUUGGAAUUCAUUAUACUAUUCUUUAUACUUUUGUAUAUGUUUUAAAUUUUCCAUAAUAAAAAUUGAAAAACUUUCUUCAGAA